AUGUCGCCAAGAAAGAUCAACAACAUAACAAGUUCAUCAGAAGACGACGGAAACAGGUCUACGGCAAUCACAGACGAGAAGAAGAUGAAGAGGAUGAAAUCGAACCGCGAAUCCGCGAGGCGUUCGAGGAUGAAAAGGGAGCAGCACAUUAAGGAUUUGAACGAUCAAGUCACGUAUUUCAAAACUAGAAGCAGCGAAAUCGCGCGAAAGAUUAGCGAAAUCGAGGCGCGUUUUACGGCCGUUGGAUCGGAGAAUAGAAUCUUGAGAAUGAAAGGCGAGGAUUUGAAGAAGAGGCUCGAAUUGCUCGAAGAAAUGCUGGCUUCUGAUCAUCAAGUUAAUGAUGAUUGUUUGUUAAUGGAUAUUUUGCAAGAUCCUUUGAUUAAACCAUGGAUGCAGCAUACUUUUGAUUCUCAAACUAUUGAUGGGAUUUACCAGUUUUAA